CGAAUAUACGUAAUAAUUUGAGUGCGUCUGUUUAACACUACCGUCGGAUUACGACAACGAAUUGUCCGAUCGGGAAAUCCUUAAUCAAAUCAUGUGCCAGCUAUACAAAGAAAUGACGUCCACUCAUUGAAGUUUUUAAUGAAUUUUUGAAAUAUUUUUUUAAAGAUAUUGUGUGGAACAUUGUCAACACCCACUUUUAACAUGGAGAAGUUUGCUGUGGAUUUAGACAAGGUCUUGGAUGACUUUGAAUUACAAGAAGACCAGGCAGAACAGUUUGUUAAGAAUGCUGAAAAGUGUGACGUUUUGGAAGAAACUGAUAAAUUUCAGAAGCAGAACUCUCCUGGAUUAGUGGAUUUUACAAUAUCAGAACCGCUUGAUGAUUCAAUCAAUGGUCAACAGGAAUUUCCGCAGUGUUCAAACCUUGUGGUUUGUGAAGUCUUAGAAUCAAAAUCUACUUCACCAGACACCUCACAACCAGAACAGGCAGAAAUUGUUGAGUGUCAAACAGAAAAUGAAUUUAUUGAUGCAGAAUUGAGUGUGGUUAACCCUAAUGAACAUUCCAGUCUACAGAAUGAGUUGCUUCUUGAUUUGAGUGAAGCUCUUGAUAGUGUUCUUACUAAAGAAGAAUCUGUACAUCUCACAGUUGAAAGUUCUACCUUGCUUGAUCAAUCAUUCACAGAAGAUGUGGUCACUCAGCCAUUGUUGACUAACAUUAUCAUACAAAAUGGAGCUUUUAAUCCUCUUCAUCCAGACACUUUAACAGAUGAUGAACUUGAAAGCUAUCUUGCUGAAUUGGAAAAAGAAGAUGAAGGAGAACUAUCUCAGCCUACUAUUGAUCUUCACACUGAUGAUCAAGAGGAAAAUAAUCAUAAACCAAAUUAUUCACCCAGUACUUCUGAAGCUGAUAAAGAAAAUGCUGUUUCCAACAUUGACAUUGCAAAUGAAGAAAUAACUUCUAUUCUGCCCUUAACAGAAGAAGGGGAAAGUUUACCAUUAUCUGACAGUGAAAUUACAUCAACAGAGGAUUCAAAUGGUUCAUCAUUUAGUGAUUCUGAUUCUACUGAAGUAAACCCUCAAUUUCAAGAAGAUUCAUUGAGUGCUGAAGAAGAAAUGCCCCAAUUGAUAGAUGAUCCAUGUUUGGUGAGCAGCGAAAUUAUCAUUGAAACCAUGCCAUCUCAGGUUAUGGUGGAUACCACAAUUGAUGUCAUUGAACCUAAUCUUCCUUGUGCAGAGAGUAAUCAAGAAGUUCCUUCGUCUUGUGAAGUGAUUGAUGAAAUUUCUGAAACUGAAGAAGGUUUGCCUGCAUCUGUGGAUGUUCAAGAAGAAAGUAACGUUACGUCUGUCAUUUCGGGAUUUUCACAAGGGGAAGAUUCCCUUCUAGAGCCUUAUAGUAGCUUAACUGAAGAUGAACGAUUACUUGGAGUUCUCAAGCCUGUUUGGAUUCCUGAUGAAGAAGCUCCUCAAUGCAUGAAUUGUAGUCAGCGAUUUACAGUCAUUAGACGACGACAUCAUUGUCGUGCAUGUGGAAGAGUUCUCUGCAAUAAUUGCUGUUCUUCACGUGCCCGUCUUGAGUAUAUGGAGAGCACUGAAACUCGGGUGUGUUUGCCAUGUCUGCAAGUCCUAAGAAAAGUUGAAGCAUAUAAAAAGUGGGGCGGUGUAACGGAGACCCAGACUUCAACUAACACAGUGGAUAGUGGCAGUCAAAGCAGUUUUGAUUCCACACCCGCCUCUAGUCCCUCCCCACAUUUUCCUAAUCCAGUUGCCAGAGUUAAUGUCAACAAUCCAGCUGAGUACUGUUCAACCGUACCACCCGCUAUCCAAAUAGCAGCUGCUGCUGCGCUCCCAACUCCAACUGUCAUGGUUCCGGUUGGAGUCUUAAAGAAGGAAGGCACUCCAACUCAUCCACGAACGAAGAGUGAACCCAAACAGGUAAUUUUUAGCGAUGGUAUUCGUCCUGGUGGAGAUCUAGCCGAGUUGGAUGCAUGGCGCGCCCCAGCGGGUGAGGCUCAGUCUGGUAGCCAUCGGUCGGUGCCAAGACGUGCUCCAAAGAAGGUAUCUGUGAUUCCACCGACGUUGGUGCCGCAGAGCAAUACUUCUCACCCGAGUAAAAAUCAGCAGCUGAUAACACUUGUUCCAACACUACCUCCAAUUCUUAAUGGACCCGAUUCCAUCGAGCAAUUACACCAGACGCUAGUUGAUCCCAUUUCUCCUCCAGUGGUCUUUGCUAUGCAGUCUAGUCAACCCGGAGCCGAUCGGCAUCAGUUGCUGGUGCGAGUUAAGUUGCUCCAGCUUGAUUGUUGCGUGAGAAGGAAAUGUUGGUCAUUUGCUACUAGUGGAAUGCGUUGGGUGGCUCAAGAUGAGAUAGUAAUUCUAUUGGAACAAGACUCAGUCGCCACAACUGAUGAAAGCGUAGGAGACGAACUACUACCCCCCGCCGAUAUAUUUUACCACUUGUUUUCGAUUUACGAAGAAGCUAUGAACAAGCAUCACGUCAUUAUUAACCUUGGACAUACAGUUACUCCUGGGACAUUUCUUGGUUCAACGGAACACGGUGGAUUCUUGUUCUUCCGUACAAGUUUUCAGUGUGUACAGCAGUUACUUUUACCAACUCCUCCUUAUCUUGUGGCAGUAUUACUACAACGUUGGGAGAUUCCUUGGGCUAAAGUGUUUCCAUUACGACUUUUGUUGCGGCUGGGUGCGGAGUUCCGCUAUUAUCCUUGUCCGCUAUUCAGCGUCCGCAAACGCAAAUCAGUUUUCGGCGAAGUUGGGCAUACUAUCGUCAAUCUUCUGGCUGACAUGAGGAACUUUAGCUACAGCUUACCGGCGGUGGCCGGCCUUGUUGUACACAUGGAAGAAAAAGAAACUAACAUUCUUUUACCGAAAUCUCGUUAUCAGCAAGUGUGUAAAGCACUAGCCCAGUCUAACGAUCAUGUCAUUUCACUUGCAGCAUCGUUCAGUCCUCAAGCAGAUGCUCAUCUCGUUUGUCUUCAAUUGGAUGAUGGAUCUUAUCAAACUCAAGCGAUUAACAUCCACACACGGCCACGGAAAGUUACUGGAGCAAGUUUCUUAGUAUUAAAUGGUGCUUUGAAAAGCUCCAGUGGAAUAAGUGGUCGCUCUUCGAUUGUUGAAGAUGGAGUUAUGGUACAACUCCUUCCAGAUAUGCUCAGUAAUCUAAAACAAGCACUAAUUCGAAUGGAGAAUUAUACUAUCCAAUGCGGGAAAAUAAUCGAUGAUCAACCGGAAGAAACGGUUACCCUUAAAUGGGUAGAUCAAGAACCAUCUCCUGUUAACCUAGGAGUUCAAUCUCCUAUCGAUGGUCGAAGCUUCACUGGGAUAUCAUCGAUUCGUGUGAUGCAGCCGCGUGACUUUAAAGGCGAGGGUCAUAGACUUUUGCGUUGGACAGAACUUUUUGUUAUUCAAAUAGAGGACAGUGCACGCUCUUCCUCUAAUAGAAUUGAAGACAAUGGAGACAUCACACGUUUCGCUGAAACUUUGGCCAAAGCUGCAUCAGUGGCUCUGGCCGCCAAACUCGCAAGCCUCGAGCCUCACACUUUGAUUGGGCUACGUGUUUCUUUGGACGGAGAUUCGGUGGAAUAUCAAGCAGGAGCCGGACAAACCUCCCUGCCGAAUGCAUGUGUCGAGGAACUGGAUUCAUCGCUAAUCCCAAUCUUACAUCGAGAAUCUUCAGGUCAAGGAGUUCCCUGUAUAGUGGAACUUUGGUUUCAAGUCGUUCAUCCGUAAAUGGCGAUUUCUUUGGCUGAUGCUGAUGCGACAGCUGUAACCGAAAUGUGAUUUGGCUUUGUAAUAUUUGUAUAACAAUGAAGUAGUGGCUUUUCUUAUUGCUGCUAUCCAAAAAUUUUGUUACUCUGUUGUUAUCACAAAGGUUCUAUAUACUGGUUGCCAUUCCCCUCUUCCUUAUCUUUUGAGAGAAAACAUUUUCCCUCGUCUAAAUACCAAUAAACUUCGGUUAGUCAUCUUA